AUGGCUAGCAACGGAUGCGUUGACUGGCAGUUCAGUGGCAGCGAUGCAGCUGGAAACGCGGCCUUAGCGUCCUUAGGCACAUACUCCUCUGAAAUCUUUGGCCUGUGCGACCCUCAAGGAAAGCCUAUUUUGCCUCCACUAAGCGAGGAGGCAGAGACCAGCCUUACUGCCGAAAAGGCGGUUGUUCAAGCUGUCCUAUGCGGCAAGGGAAACGCCUAUGCUCCUAGUAUUGGCCUCCCAGUUGCCAAACGUGCUGUGGCGGAUUAUUUAAACCGAGAUCUUGACAACAAGCUAACGGGAGAUGAUGUAUUUAUGACUGUUGGAUGCAAACAAGCGAUCGAGCUUGCGGUCAAUAUCCUGGUUAAACCGGAAGCUAACAUCUUGCUUCCGAGGCCUGGCUUUCCAUGGGACAUGGUCCACUCUAUAUACAAAAAACUUGAGGUCAGAAGGUAUGAAUUCAUCCCCGAAAAAGACUUUGAGAUCGAUUUCGACAGUGUCAGAGCGAUGGCAGACGAGAACACGUUUGCUAUAUUUAUAAUCAACCCCCACAACCCCAAUGGGAACUACUACACUGAGGCUCAUCUUAAGCAGCUCGCUACAUUGGCUCGUGAACUCGGGAUCAUGGUGGUUUCGGAUGAAGUAUAUAGAUGGACCGUGUUUGGGAGCAAUCCCUUUGUUCCAAUGGGGAAAUUCUCCUCAAUAGUACCUGUGGUUACAGUCGGGUCCAUAUCGAAGGGAUGGAUUGUCCCAGGAUGGCGAACCGGCUGGCUUGCACUGCACGAUCUAAAUGGUGUCUUCAAAACCACCAAGGUUUUAAAAGCUGCUAAAGAAUAUCUAGAGAUUAGUUCUAAACCAGCAACUGUUAUACAGGCGGCUAUUCCCACCAUCUUAGAGAAAACUCCUCAAGAGUACUUCGAUAAGAGGCAGAGUUUUCUGAAAGAUAAAGUGGAUUUUGGAUACUCUAAGCUCAAGCUCAUACCAACCCUCACCUGCUAUAUGAAAACUGAAGCAUGCACUUUCUUAUGGACCAAGCUGGACCCAUUGGAUUUUGUAGACAUCGAAGACGAUCACGACUUUUGUAGGAAGCUUGCUAAGGAAGAAAACGUCAUUGUUUUACCAGGGAUUGCAUUUGGUCAGAAGAACUGGUUGAGGCAUUCUAUUGAUAUGGAGACUCCGAGAUUGGAGGAUGCAUUUGAAAGAUUGAAGAGCUUCUGUGAUCGCCACUCCAUUAUAACUGAACCUUCACUCAAAGACGUCAAUGGCGUCAACUAAGGGCUUUCCAUUUCCGAAUAUAUCUAUCUGAGUUUGAAAUAAUAAAUGUGUGGUUUUUCUGAUAUGAAAUAAAUAAUGAAGAAUUAAUUUAUAAGUGUUUUAUCAAUCGUCAA